AAGAGAGAGAGAGAGAGAGAGAGAGUCUACUCAGUCGCUGCAGUCACGCUCAUUUCUCCGGAGCUCUGGCUGAGGAUGCUGCCGUCUCUCCUCCUCCAUCUCCAUGAGGAUGCUGGAGCGCGCAGAGGCGGACGGAGGCGAGCGCAUCGGGCCGCCUGAAACCACCCAUAUCUCGCCGGCUAUCCUGUACCGUCAGUUUCCCAAAGUUACAAGAACUAUAUGAAUGGGAGUCGAUGCUGAAUAAUCUGGGCGGACUUGUUCUGUAUGCCGCCCUUCCUUCUACUCGUCAGCUGCAUCAGCUGUUGCUUUGGGAAAAGUCGAGGCGACUCCCACUCUAAGGGCAUCGGAUACGGGCAUCACUCCACGAUGCGUCCUCUGUCUCCCUGACUCCUCCUAACACAGCGGAUGCUGCCUGCCUCAUUAAUAUUUGAUCAGCACCUGGUAUCACAGCAGCAGCUCGCCACUUCUGAUGGAGAAAGCACAGUCUCUACAAGCACAGCCUGGAUCCAAGGCGCCAGAAAGUCCAGCAGAAGACAUCUCCAACCUCACGGAUGAAGAGCUCUUCCAAUGGAGCAAAGAGGAGCUGGUGCAGCGACUCCGAAGGUCUGAAGCCGAUAAAAUGAGCGUCAUUCUGGAUCACAGUAAUCUGAUUCGGGAGGUGAACCGCAGCCUCCAGCUGCAUCUGAACGAGAUCCGGGGGCUGAAGGAGGUAAACCAGAAGCUGCAGGACGACAAUCGGGAACUGCGAGACCUGUGCUGUUUUCUGGAUGACGACCGGCAAAAGGGCAAGCGAGUGUCGCGUGAGUGGCAGCGUCUGGGUCGCUUCAGUGCCAGCGUUAUGCGUAAGGAGGUGGCACUGUAUCUUCAGAAGCUGACAGAACUGGAGCGCAAGCAGGAGGAGGUCAUUCGGGAGAACCUGGAGCUUAGGGAACUUUGUCUGCUGAUAGACGAGGAGAAAGGAGGCAGCGGAGGGGAAGGAGGCCAAAGUGGGACGGGGUCCAUUGGGUGUCGCAACUCCAUUGAUAGCCAGAGUGGGCUCUUGGUACCCGGCUUGAUGCGGGACGUGGGGGACGGAAGCAGCACUUCUAGCGCUGGAAGCGCCGACAGCUCUGAGCAUCCACACCAUAAGCAGCCACAGCCACCAUCUAGCGGAGGAACUGGGAGUAAAAGCCCAGAGAUCCAGAAGGCUCGUCCUGGGAAAAGAGGGGAGGGAGAUCGGGUGGAGAUCUCCAGCCCUGACCCUCCUGUCCGGCACAGAAGCACCAGCCUGGAGUAUCCCUUCGUACUGCCCCAGCCCUGCCGACCACGUUGUGGCUCCAUAUCUGUGCCUGACCAUCGGCUGAUUAGAGGGCUUAGUCCAGAAAAGUACGGUCGAUCCCUGGGCCACCGGAGUCCAGAGACUCAUCCGAAGCACCAUCUGGCUCCAGGACAAUCCAUGAGUCCUGAGCUAUACAUCCAGAGGCACAGGGGCAGCUUAGGAAGUGGGCCUGGGAGUCCAGAAGCUAGACACCUGCUACUAGGAACGUCAGAGCUCCACCAUGACAAAAGCAAGCUGGGAGGAAGUAGUCCUGAGAUGUUGAGGCACCAGUACAGCAUGAGCCCUGAACAUGGGAAGUUUGGCAGCCCUGGUAGAGAGACGUCACCUCGGAGAUUGGCAGGAGAAGAGCUGUCGCCACACCAUCGGAGCCUUUACAAUGGCGUGAAUGCUUUGAUAUCAGCAGGAUGUUGCAGCAACAACUGCAGGAACGUGAAGCUCUGGGACAGAAAAAAGAAACUAAUACAGGGUGGCAACAAAACAGAGUUUUGAUGGCUCCUCUUGACCACGCCGUUGCUUGGUGGUUUGGGUUAACGCAGGGGCCCCUGGAGCCCCGCUCUCACCAGGCAGAUAUUCCAUCCCUUCACCUUGUACGCAAUGGGCCGAGCAGUCAGGCCCCAUUUGAGUUUUCAUAACAGCAGUCGCUUUGUGGACCCUCUGGUGCAAUCAUUUCAACGGGGACUAGAGUGAGACACAGGAUGUUUUCCCCACCCGUUCGGGUGAAAGACGACGCUCGCACAAACCACAGAAACAGACACACCCACACACAGCUAUGAGAAUCUAAAUGUCUCCUGUGGUUUACAGAUGUUUAACAGUACUGCAUUUGGGUAAUCAAACACUCGAGCCAUCCCUCUCUCUAUAUCGGUGUCUUUCUGUAUCAUUCUGAGUAGCAAUAGGACACAUGAAACACAAUGCUGUGGCUUCUCUGAAGGUGCUUCCCUGCCCUUGAUGUUUAUUUAUGCAGUUUCUUUUCAACCAAAGCUAUUUGAAAUAUCUCUAUCAUUCAUUUUUCAUCCAGGCAUCUAUGAUGGAGUAUCAGUAUCAUGUUUGCUAGUUUUUCCAUAUCUAGGAUUUUUUUUUUUUUUACAUGCAAGGUGCAAGUGUAUGGUUUCUGAACACCAAUGAAAGCAGAAUGGACUCUGUACAUGUCGUCAGUGACUGAAUAACCUCAUCAGUGUUUUCACUGAUUCUGUGUGUGUAUGUGUGUGUGUGCGUUUAUUGGCUUUAUUAUUCCUUCCCUUCAAGCUCCUGUAUAUAAGCUAAUGAGGUGUUUCUUCAUGUUGUUUUAUAUACAGAAAUACAACAUAGUACAUAUAGUAAAUUAAUGGAUUAGUUUUUUAUGCAUAUAAUGACUAUUAUUUUUGACUUACAGUUAUUAUUAUAACAAUAAUAAUAUGAAUAUAUCUAUGUGCAAAAUAUUAAAGGAUUUUCAUUAUGUACGCUUGCGUGGCAUUUAUUAUUUGUUUCACUAACACUAAAGUGCAAAGCUUUAGUCAGCAAUCUGCAGGUGCAGCUAGAUUCCCAAGUUGCUAAUUCAUUCUGUUUUCAUGUAAAUUAGACGCGUUUUUUCAGGAUGAUAGAAAAUUAGUGAAACCAAUGGAUUUGUUUUUAAAUCGCAAUCAUAAUAUCGGGCUUUAUUUAUUUUUUUAUUUUUUUUGCUUCAUGAAUAAAUUCAUAUUUUCUCAACUGUUACACCCAUGAAAUCAGAAGCUUUUUGCUUUGGUUUUGAGAUCGGGCUUCAGGGCCGACCUCAAUCCGCUUCAUCAUUUCUCAAGCAGGGAGGCUCUGGUCGGAUUUUAGUUUCUGAGCAUUUGCCUGUGAUGAAAUCAAUUGAUCCUCUUAUCGACGCCAGAAACACUGUUUAGAUAAGAACUGUGCUGUGCUUUAAGAUCCCUGUUAAAAAGGCCUUUUAUCAGAGAGCUGCAUAGACCUUUAUGUUCUUUGCAGACACUUUCUCUUAGUUUCUUAAAAGAGUUUAUAGAGUUUGCAAUUCACGGUGGCUUGCUCCCAGGUUGCAACUAAAAUCAAAUCCCUUGUGGGUCUAUAUGGCUGUUUGAAAUGUAGAACUAUUGUACUAUUCACGGAAUACUACAAAGAAUAUGCUGCCUUCUAUUCACAAGAAAAAAAAGUGAAUAAAAGC